AUGACAACAUCUUCAUCAUCUGUUCUUUCACCUGAAGCAAAAGAAUUUGUACCAUUAAUUCAAAUUCCUCCAUCAACAACUACAACAACAGCAACAAUUCCAUUAUAUAUUAGUGAUACAUCUGUUUAUUCAUCUGAACAACAACAACAACAAUUAGUUUAUCCAUUAAUAAAACUUCCUGAAAUUGAAUUUCAUAUACAAUCACCACAACAAUUUCAUAUUGAUUCAUGUUCAAAUUCAUCAACAAAUACAAAUUCAUCACAAAUUGUUCUUUUACCAACAAAUACAUGUUUUUCUGAAACACAACAAAUACUUUAUCCAUCAAAUGAUCAAACAUCAACAUUUUAUCCAAUUGAUUAUAUUGAACAAUCAUUAAGAAAUUAUUCAUAUCAACAAACAAAAUCUAAUCGAAUCUCAUCAUUUCGUCCACAACAACAACAACAACAACAACAACAACAACAACGUACUGGUAAUAAUCAUACAUCAUAUCGUUCGAAUAAUUAUCGAAAUUUUCAUUAUGAUCAACAAGUAUCAUCAUCAACAACAUUUAAUAAUCGUCGAAAUUUUUAUUCAACAAGUAAUAAACGAAUUCCUUCACAUUCAAUACAACAACAACAACAACAACAUGAUGAAUCAAAAAACAAGAAUUUUAAUUAUACCAAUGGUUAUCAUAUUAAUAAUAAUAAUGAUGAUGAUGAUGAAACUCCAUUUGAAUUUCGACAAGAAGAUUUUCCAAGUCUUCCGAUUAAUAAUAAUCAACAAUCUGAUAAUAUUUCAACUCAAUCACUUACAUCGACAAAUACAAAACCAACACCUUCUUGGAAUACUAUCGUUUCUACUCCACGACCUCAUUCCAUAUCUCCACAUUCUUUAAAAUUAACUGAAAAUCAACAAACUAAUCGAAAUCAUACAUCAAAUAAAAAAAAAGUAUCAAAUAAUGAACGAAAAUCUUCUAAUAAUAAAAAAUCUUCAAUACAAUCAAAAUCAAAAAUAUCCAAUAAUAAUAAUAAUAAUAAUAAUAAUACUUCGAAACAAACUUCUUUAAACGAACAACAACGUUCACAAUCAUUAACUAAUAAUGAUGAAUUAUUAAAUAAACAAGAUAAAAAAAUAAAUAAUACAAAAGAUGAUGGAUUUAUACAAACAAAACAAAAACGUUCAGAACGACGAAAAAAUAAAGUCAAAGAAGAACAAUCAACAAUAAUUGAAUCAAUACCAUUUGUACUUGAUGAUGAAAAUGCAUUUCCAACAUUAGGACAAGAUACAUCUAUACCAAUAAUAAAAAAAUCUGAAAAUGAUUUUUCAACAAAAGAUAAAACUUCUACACCAGGAUUGAUUAUUAAAUCAAAGAUAAAAGCAAAUCAAACUUAUCAAAUAUGUUUAACAGAUAUGUUCAAUGCUUUAAGUACAUCAACACAAACAAAACAAGAAAAUUCUCUUAAUAAAACAAAUAAAUCAUCAAUAAAAACAAUCAAUAGUACUAAUCCACUUGAUUCAAAACCAGCACCAAAACGUGGAAAAGAACGUGAACAACCAAAACCACGUAAACCAACAAAACUUAAACGUAUUAUUAAUAAAGAACUUGAAGAAAAUCAGAAACAACGACAACAAUCACUUGGUAAAUCUACAAUAAUUAAACAAACUGAUGAAAAAGAUAUUCAAUAUGAAACUGAUACUAAUAAUCUUAUUAUUACAGAUGAUUCUAUCGACGUAUGUCCUAUUAAUAUGAAUGAAUAUACCAGUGCAUCUUGUACAGAAGAAUCAAAUAAUGAAACCGAUGAUGAUGAUGAUGACGAUGACGAUGACGAUGAUGAUGAUGAUGAUGAUGAUGAUGAAAUACUUGAUCAUGAACCAACAAGUCAAUUACAAACACCUUAUGCUCAACAAAUGCCACAAUCAAAUAUAAAACAACAAAUACAUGAUGCUGCUUUUCGUGAAUAUUGUUCACAAUUAAUUGAUCGUCAAUUAGAUGAAUUAUGUAUACAAUUAUUAAUAACAUUAAAACGUUUUCAAGAUCGUAAAAAACAACAAUUUCAAUCAAAUCCUGAACGUGUACGACGUAAACGUCGUUUUGUACAUGGUAUACGUGAAGUAACAAAACAUUUACGUUUACAACGUUUAAAAUGUGUUUUAAUUGCACCUGAUUGUCAAUCAAUACAAAGUCAAGGUGGUCUUAAUGAUGUUAUUGAUAAAAUUAUAAAUCUAUGUAAAGAACAAGACAUUCCAUAUAUAUUUACACUUAAUCGUCAAAAAUUAGGUCGAUGUUUAAAUAAAACUUCACGUAUAUCAACAAUUGGAAUAUUUGAUUAUAGUGGUGCUGAUCAAAUUUAUAAACAAAUUAUUGAUAUAACAUAUGAAAAUCAACGUGCAUAUAAACAAAUUAUUGAUAAUAUAUUAAAUCAUGAUGAAACAAUAACAACAACACCAUCACAUGGUUUAAAUAGUCGAGAAUUUUAUAAAAUUCUUCAUCGAACAUUUCAACAACAACAACAACAACAACAACAACGUCAACAUAUUGUUAAUAUUAUACCAAAUGAAUCAUUAUCAAAAGUUUUACCAAAAGUUCCAGCACAUUAUGGACAUUCUCGACAAACAUCUGAUACAUCAACAAUUUAUAUUGAUCCACAAUUAAUUAAUUCAAUUAAAAAACAACAUACACGUGCAUCAAGUGGAACAUUUGAUAUGGAUAAAACAUCAAUAAAAAAAAAUCAUCAACGAACUUUAUCUGAUGGUGCAACAAAUAUUAAUAAUGAUACAUCUGUACAAAUGAAAAAUCAUUUAAAAACACAUUCACGUACAUCAUCUGGUUGUAGUAUUAUAAGUCAAAUUGAACAACAAGAUUAUUUUGAACAAUCAAAAAAUAUUUUAAUGGAUGAUAAUAAUAAUAAUAAUAAUAAUAAUGAAAUAUCUAUUGAUAAUGAUGAAAAUCGUUUAAAAUCUAUUCAUGAAGAUACAGAAGACAAUUCAGCAAAUUCGAAAAGAAAAAAUGUUGAAAAUUGGAUUAAUAAUAAUAAUAAUUAA